AUGGCUGCCUCUAUGAUGCGUGCCCAGACGAUGCCUUCGUGCAGCGGGCGCCAGGCCGCGGCCAAGCCGGCCGUGCCCGCCUCUAUGCGCUUUGCCAAGUCUGCCAUGCGGGCACAGACGAGCCGCAGCGCCUCGCGCAGCGUCAAGGUGUUCGCCGCGGCUGCCGUCGCCGAGAACAAGGCUGCAGCCAAGGCGAUUGAGGGUGCGUGUGGAGGCUCGCAUCAGCAAGCCACGGCAUGA